UUGCUAAUUAUAGAUUCUGGUCCAUACAUCUAUAAUAUAUUUAUGGAGUUUUUCACACAUUUUCGUACACCAGUGGGAUUUCUCAUUCGUGAGGUUCUCUCAUCGUCCAGAACAUAUUCGGAGGCUGUUGAUGAAUUCUCAAAUCGUCAUCUGUUCUCUCCAUCGUACAUUAUAAUUGGAGGUCGUAAAAAAGGAGAAGGAGCAAUAAUUUCACGAGAUCGUUGGCGAGCUGCUGAUGUGAUUAAACUGGGCGAUGGUAGAUGGUUUCUAGUGGAAACGAAUUUCGAUCACUGGCGAAAAGACAUGGACAAGCGAAGGUGUACCGCUGUGAAGAUGUUAAAGGCCAUCGGACGAGGAGGGCUUAAUGUCGACACGAUGCUGAAAGUACUACGAACGUUCCCGGUGAAGAACAAUUUAACGCUCUUCACCACAGUGAUGAGUGCUCAGUAUCCAUCACUUAUCAAGAGGACAACGUUUAUUUGGAACUGA